GCCGAUCGGGCGUUACUGCGCAUGCGCGUACUUCGAACUGUCAUGACAUCGAACGUAAACAAACCAAGUGAAUUUUUGUGAUAAACUACUUUAGUUUUCUCCAGUUUAUUGUAUGAAAACUUUGGAUAUUGUGAAAGAGCUGGUGCUCAGUGGAAGUAUCUAAACGAAUUGCAAGACUGAUGAGCGGAUAACAAAAAGAAAAAAUGCGUCUGCAAACAGUGAUAACGUUAGCCGCGAUUUUGACAUGUGAUGCCAAGUUACCGACGCACAAAAGCCACAUUCAACCAAACGAAUUGCCUCCAAAUCCGACACAGAACGCCCAAGCGUUACGACUAUUAGAUGUCCAAGCGAAGAGUGCUAAAACUAGUCGAAUUGUGAAUGAGUAUAAGCCGAGACAUAGGCGAGAUGUGUUUGAUUCAAAAGUUUAUAAUGAAUCUAGUUUAACAUGGGCGCAUUCAGAGCGACUAGAUGAGAAUGGGGAUGUGGUGCUCCGAUGGGUCAAUUCAGAUUCGAGUAUUACCUUUCGGGUUGAGGCGCGCACCCGUGGCUACGUCGGGAUCGGGUUCAACUCUGCGAGGAAUAUGCGAGGGGCGGAUUUGCUCGUCGCUUGGGUCGAUGAUAGGAACAAUCACGCGCAUGUUUUGGAUUGCCACGGACUAACGUUCGAAGACAGAGCCGUGGCGGACGAAGUUCAGAACGUCGAGCUGAUCUCCGGAUACCAGAAUGCUACGCACACAACUGUCGAGUUCAGAAGGAUGCUGGACACGUGUGACGUGCAGGACUUUGUUAUUGGUGACGACACAAUGCAAGUACUCUGGGCGCUGGGUCCCGAUGGUUCUGACGGAGAACUGCCGAGACACGUCAAAAGUGGUUCCAGGCCUCUUAGACUGCUACUGCCCGUGUCCAAGCCAGAGACUAUACCUUUGAGGCACUGGGACGUGAGGAUAAAUAAUCUCACAAUACCCCACGACAUGGCAACUCUCUUCUGGUGCAAGAUCUUCAAGGCACCCGACUUACCCAUGAAGCACCAUAUCGUAGGCUACCAGCCCCUGAUCGACAGCCGACCAAUCAGAGACGGAGUCCCCGUGUUAGAGAAGAACAGCAACUCCCCAGUCCAUCAUAUGGUCCUGUACGAGUGUGCGGAGGACCCAGACCAGCAUUUGUGGAAGGAGUGGGCGAACCAGGAUGGGUUCUAUGGGCCGAGUCGGCCCAGUGAGUGGGCUACUUGUGUUACGCCGGUUGCUGCUUGGGCUAUUGGGUCUAAAGGUGAAUUCCUUCCGGAGAACGUUGGCAUCCCGCUGGGUGAGAAAACGGGCGUGUCGUUCUACAUGCUGGAGGUUCAUUAUGACAAUCAGGCGCUGCAUGAAGUGCUCGAUAACUCCGGUAUAAGAAUCCACUACACACCAGCGCUUAGGGCCCACGACGCGGCCCUUUUAGGAGCGGGGGUUGGUGUAUCCGCGCUGCAUGUGAUCCCGCCUAAACAGAAGCAGUACAGGACAGUUGGCAUCUGUAGCCCUGAAUGUACUAAUAGUACCAUGCCCGAAGAAGGAAUAAACAUCGUAUCUGUCCUUCUCCAUGCCCAUGGCACCGCUAGAAAGAUUUCAUUAAAGCACGUCAGAGGAAACCACGAAUUGCCGAGAAUAUCAGAGGAAAACUCCUACGAUGUCCAUUAUCAGCAGUCCCGCAUCGUUCCAGGUGGCAGGAGGUUCUUGAAAGGGGACACUUUAAUCACAGAGUGCACUUAUGACAGUUCGAGCCGCGAUAAGCCUAUUUUGGGGGGUUAUUCCGCGUCACAGGAAAUGUGCCUAUCAUUCGUGCUAUACUACCCUCGCACGGAACUAGCAGGAUGUUACUCUAUGACACCAGUCAAAGAGUUUUUCGAAACUUUCGGCGUGAGGGAAUUCUACACACUUAGCAUGACCGACGUUGAAAACAUCUUCCUAUCGUCAGGGAAUCUGGAGAACUUGCCACCAAAGAUGGAGUUUGACAUAAGGCAGCACGCAUCAGAGUCAGAAGCUAUGCAGGGCGAUGACCAAGGCGUAGGACUUAUGAAGGAGCUGAUAAUCCGUGAGCCAGCCGAGUUCCAAAACAAGACGUUCCUAGCACAUUUGAAUCAGAUGCCGUGGACAGAAUCGGUGCUAACCGAGCAAAUUGAGAAGACGCUGUAUAAGGGCAUGCAUAUGACCUUCUGCAAGAAGAGGGAUGAUAACUGGGGAGCACCAAUACAAAUCCAAAACUACCCCGAAUACGUGGAGUUGGUCAGCAACGAGGCCGCAGAAAAGUCCUGCAACUACAAAAGCGUGCUGCCACAGAACUCAGUCACAAAAUCCGCUACUGGCAUACGCAGUUCCUUCAUAGCGGCCGUCGUGGCUGUUUGCACGCUCAUAGUCGCGCGGUAAUAAAAAAAAACUAUUUGUGCUUUUCUCGAGCAAAAAGUACCAGAUCAUUGCUGGCUGGUGUUAGUGUAAUGCAGACCGACCGCGCAGAGCGAUCAGCAGGACUAAUGUCUAUUAACCCCUCGUAUGCGGCCUGUCAAUUUUGGUCAUUGAAAUAGUGACCUUGACAUUUAAAGCAAUAUAUUAAAAUUCCCACGCACGGAUCCGUGUCUAAGGAUACGAGGGGCUAAGUUAAGGAAGCAUUUUAGAGUAAGUGCGUUUUCACAAUAUCCUAUCCGAAAUCGGAUGUCGGACCGAUAUCCCACGCCGACAUCUUUGAUUUUUUCCUUUGAAAUCCUUCCUAUUUCCGAUAUUGGAUCGGUUAAUGUUAAAACGUACUAAAGCGGACGACAACAUCGACUUCAUAUAAAUUGGUCGUGCGUUUGGUCAGCGUGACACUAAAACGCCGUCCGUAUUUCGUUGUAAGCGAAAAAGUGGCACUUUUUACUUGAGAAUGUUACAUUUUUAGUACACCGAGGCCAAUGAUUUGUUGUUUUUCGUUUUGAAUUGUUUAUAUCUAAUGCGAGAUAUCUGCAAAACAUUAAGACUAAAGUUAUUCUACAAUCUAAGAGACUUUUACAAGGCAGACGUGAGAAAUACUUUGAUAAGUUUUUGACUAAGUUUAUUACUGAUCCAUUAAAGUACAUCUUAAAUCUGUUAGAUUUUUAUCUAGAAGUCGAGUGAGGUCAGUCUGUAAAGUUUCAUUACCAAUCUAUAAGAUUUGGAUGAUUUUGUUUUUCUCAUACUUAUCGAUGUUAGUAUUUAAUUUUAUUUACGAACAACCUGUUUUUUUAAUAGUGUCUGUUUGUGUGAAACAUUUUAGUUCGACAAACGUGUGUUAAAUUAUUAAGAAUAAGUCCAAUGUGGGAUUUUUUUCGUUUUGAUUGAAUGUAUAUGUGUGAUUUUUGUACUUAUGAGUUUUUGCUCAUGGUCGCGUCAGCAUGCGAUUCUAUCGUAGACUAAAUAGGUUCUCCUAUAAACGCUAUCGGCUAAACGUACGCCGCUUCACAAUGAGUACUCAUCAUCCUCCU